CUCAAUUCGAUUUGUGGCAAUAAUUGCAAUUUUUUUCGCCGUUUAAUCGGCGCGGGUUCAAUAAUCCUUUGAUGGCAGAUUUCGUAUUCCGUGACUAAAAAGUUCUGAGAUUGCAUGUUGAGCUUAUGAAUCUAAUUUAUGAAAUAAUCGAUAUCAGGAUGACACGCGACAGUUAACAAGAAUGGCUACAAUUGAAGAGAAGCUCUGUGUGCUGUUGGAAAAACUCAAAGAGACCGAUCACAACCUUUCAACAUGCAUCGUGUUGCUCCAACAGUACCUGAGAAACGAGAUGCUUAAAGACAAGAUAAAAAACUCGCGAUCGAUUGGAAUACAAGUCACUGCCGAUACAAAAAGUGCCCAAACCGUUACAGAGACUGGAAGAGAAUUGGAUAGAAAGGAAUACCAAAGAAACCUUUCCGACAUCUGCGAAAAACUGAAAAAGGAACUCCAAAACCUACACCGCCACAUUGAAAAACAAGACAUCAAAUUGUAAAAUACUCUUUUAUUCCAGUUUUAAAAAUAUAUACUAAUAUAAACAAAACACCUAGUACAUUACUUCCACUUUAUAAAAAUAUAGCACGUAAACAUUCCA